UAGUGAGCUUAAGUGAUCUGCUCAAGGUGGCUAUUGGAGGAAGAACCCGGUAGCGCGCCUGGCAGCCCCUCCCUCUGGCGAGUGGCUCUCCGAAGUACCGCGAGACUGUGACUAAAGCCCUUUGUGUGGCGCCAGCCUAGAACUCGGCCAACUGCAGCUCACGGAUAUAUUUCAACCUAUCUCUUGCGACCGGGGCAUUUACUUCCAAUUUGAAAGCAUAAGUCUGGAAAAGGUUUAGGAGGCAAAAUCUUGACUCAUCCUCGACUCUAUCACAGUCACACUAACUGAUUACCUAUCGUGUGGCACCCUCUCUUUUGUGACUUGGGCAUACAUCAGAAAACAACAUAGACAGGUUUCCUAACCUGUGACCAAGUGAUCGAAAAAAGAAAUCAAGGAUCACAUCUGCUUUGCUGUUUUCUCUUGGCUGUGACAAUCUGAUGGUCAUUAUAACAGUUCACUACAAGUACAAACAAGAUUUUCAUAUAUAAACGUUGUGGGAGGUUCAGCAAUAUCAAAAAGUGUUGUUGGAUCAUUGGUAUCACUCUGUGCUUGACCACCAUCAUAAGCAUAUCAAUAGCCCAAUUUCUCGACCAAGCCAACCACAGAACUAUUACCAACUUCACAAGCUCCGUUGUCAUCAAGAACCCAUUUGCGGCAACUUUUAGAAAUAUUUUAUCUACUGAGAAGAGCAACGAGGGAUGGAGUCUGUGUCAAUCCCUGUAAUAGUUGGUGGACUUGUUGAUUGUAUAUCUCAGUUAAUAAGAAUAGCUGAAGAGCUUUUACCAUUGAUUUCGCAAGAACGAGUUUCUUAUGUAGAGCAGAAUGAUAGAGCAGAACAGAUAGAAGCAAGUCCUCCCGAGGAAGCAUUACCAGAUCUUGCUGAUUUCUUAGACUUAGAAUCAAUACUUACACCAAGAGCAGAUGAAGAUCUAAUCUUUGAUAUAGAUGAAGCCAUGUUAGACAUAGAAGAAUUAUAUGAAGAUGUACUCUCUGGUAUGAACAAUGAGUUAAGAAGUGGAUAAGACCUAGUUUGCCCUCACCAGCAUGUGAGAAUUGAUCAGUUCUCUGUUUUACACAUAUUCUGAUUUUUCUGCAUAUUAGACAUGAGUUUUCUCCUAGUUCUGCCCAUUUUCAUUACUAACACCACAUAGAAGUAGUAGUAUUUGCUAUACUUCCAGUAGAGCUUAUUCUCUUCUUUUGAUUUCAUUUAAAAGCUCUGACUUAGUCACGUGGUUCUUCCUUUGCCUAUACUUUUCCUGCUAUGAUUCCUGUGCAAACAAUUACAAAGAAAAAUUCUACACCUAACUGAGGAAUAAAGACCUGUUGAACUCUAUGAUAUCUUGGGACCCAAUUUCACUGUUUUACAAUGAGUAGAAACUAAAAGGGGAGUAUUCUCCAAGAUGUAUUUUAGGUAUUUCCCCCAUUUUCAUAGAUUCAUGUUAUCCCACUUCUUUUUCAAAAAAGACUUACAUUAGUAACUGUUUUUGCUAGCCAAAAGAAAUCUGAAAUAUAUUUUUGCUUUUAUGAUAAAAGGCAAAAAGCAAAAGUAGCAUUUAGUAUUGGUUUUGCAGCAGCUGUUCUAAAAGCAAUGCAUACCCUAGCAGCAAGGGUGGGGGCACCAAACUUCUUCCCUGGGAACUAUUUUAUAUAGGCUGUAUAUAUUUCUUUUUUAAAAAAUCUUAUAUUUCUUUUAUUUAUAUAUUUCUUUUUUAUAUUUCUUUUUAAAAAAUCCGAGGUAAUAUUAAUUUGCCACACAGUAUAAGUUUUAAGUGUACAGUUCUUACCACAGCAAUACCAUGCUCAACACCAGAUGUCUAGUCACCAUCCACCAAAAACCAGUUGACUCCUUCUGCCCCAUUCCCCCAACCUUUCUCUUUGGUAAUCAUUACCCAGUCAUAAAGAGAGAUGAAUCUUGCCAUUUGAAACAACAUACAGGCUGUAUAUUUGUAUCAUUCUUGCUUUUACUAAUGUUUCUGUUAUUGUAGGUAGUGUGUGGUAUUUGGUAGGUUAUUUUUUGGGGUCUGGGAACACUCAAACUUUUUUCUAUAUAAAUUGUAAUUGCUGCUUUGCUUUAUGCCAUUUUGAUUUAUGAAAAAUUUUAUAGGAAAAGUCUACUUUCAGAUAAUGUGGGAAAUCUGUAUAGUGAAUAUGUUCACAUUAACAGAACAAUAUUGAGGCACUUUUAUUGGAGAAGAUGUAAUGCCUUAUGAGAGAUUUAAUGACUUUAUGAGAGACUGUGUCAACCACACGCUGUUACAGCUGAAUAGGGGAAAUACUUCUGAAAAGGCAACAUCUACUAGAUAAGAAAACUGCAAACAGGUUUUCAGAUAACUUUUGCCAGAGAAAACCUUUGAAAAAGCUGAGGUCAAGCGGUUUCAAUGCAGGGCUGUUCACCCACAUGCUUACCUACAGUGCAGCUACUCUAUAAUAUUGUUCCCUAAGUGGAAAUGAUAAAUUAUACUAAAUAACAACAAGAGAAAAGUACUAGUAUCGGAAAGGCUGGACAAAGCCUGACUAGGACUAGUCACCAAUGGAAAGUUAAACACUUAAGGCAUAGGCUUAGAGAUGAUUGUCCACAAGUAGUUCAUAAGGUAUUUUUUCUUGGUUUUAGCUAAGUUAUAGAGAAUAAUUGAUAGGCUUAUUAUAAUGAACCUGUUGUAACCUUGAUAGAAAUCUUAACUAUAGAGAUAAGGGGAAAAUAGUGAACUUAAAAUGUGGGCUGGUCUUUAACACUAACAAGUCUACAGAUACGAGAAGGGGAAAAUGCAAUAGUUGGGGGAAUCCCACACUCAAAUAGACAGGGACCAAGGAAAUGGGUCAAAAAUUCACUGAUCAUACUAAUUCUGUGUCAUAUAGUACCAUCGUUUCCAUUUGGAAAAAUAGCUAUCCUUCAGUCAAGCCCAUGGAAACUAUAGUCUUCCUAGAAAAUGGCUUUUGCAUCUUAUGACAUGAAUAGCAACUAGGCAAAGACCUAAAAGUGUACCAUUGGAUAAAGUCAUAUAUGCUAAUUGUGAAGAAAUGACAUGCAGAAGUCAAUCUACACUGGUAGAAACCAAACUCCACUGAUUCAUAUACAACAACCCCCCCCACCCCCGCCAACCUGUGGUCAGCUGUGCCCAAACGUACAUUGACAGAGAAAAAGAGAGUGCACAUGAGUGCACAUUCACAUAGUUUUUAUUAUAAGAUAGUUAUAGUCAUUCCAUUUUAUUGUUAUUAAUGUGCCUAAUUUAUAAAUCAGAUUUUAUCAUAGCUAUGUAUGUGUAGGAAAAAUACAGUAUAUAGGGUUCAGGAUUGUCUGUGGUUUCAGGCAUCCACUGAGGGCCUUGGAAUGUAUUCUCCAUGGAUAAGGGGGGACAACUAUAGAGUCCUAAAGCAUGUUUUAGUCAAAGGAAUUAAAAAGGCAUUUAAUAAAGUUGACCUCUGAGCUAACCAAUGUGACAGAUGCUGCAUGUAAUACUAAAUGAGGGCUACAUGCCCUCAUUUAAAGGUAAAGGGGGGAAAUAAUGGACUAUAUAACUAGGUCUUAUUUGGAUAAGUAGUAUCAGGAGUCAGUUUUGCCACUGACUUUCGGGAUAAGUUUGUUUAGCAUAACUUUGAGAGACUGCUGGAUGAAGAAAAACUAUUGUUGACCCUUUUGAAAAUUGGAACUUAGGGAGUUACUCAAACAUACUAGUAUGAGAAAGUUCCACAGUGCUUAAACAUGAUGAGGAAAUGAGAGGCCAUGAUUCCACCACAGAUUCUACUUGGUGAGUAAUUUAGAUGUAAAUAAGCAGAUCUGGAGUUCCUUGGAUGCAAUAGAUACUGAAUGGUAGCUAUUCCUCUAAGUGGAAUUCUGGAAUGUAAACUUUAUAACAAUUUCACAAUAGAUAAGUGUGAGCUUGUUAAAACUUAGCACUAAUGAGAGAACACAAGCAACCAUUCUAAUUCAAGCAGGUCAUCAAAAUGCAGCAAGUAAAAUCUGUGAUUACUCCAGACAGACCAUGAAACAAGUUAAGACUCAAACCAGCCUAUAGAAUGACUAAUGGUUAUCAUAGCCCUUAGGUGACCUCAUAGGUCACCUGGAAAGAUUGUUCCAUAAUGGCACCUCAAGAUUAGAUAAAAAAUAUUGCAAUGUUUGCUUUGAUUGUAUAAUCAUAUGUGUUUAAGAAUUGUUAAGAUGUAACCCUGCUGCAAGUAAUGGAUUGGGGUUUUAUUAAGUAUAUAUACUCUAAGAAAUAAUUAGAGGUAAAAUAAGUAGCGAUAAGAAAUAAGUGUAGGAAGUAAGAAAAUAUAUAGGAGCAUAAACUAGUAGGGAGGGUAUUUUCAGGAGAGAGCAGAAAAAUAAUUAGUUGUCGAGAGUACUAUAGCUGUUUAUAGUAAAGAGUUAGUUCCUUUAUUACAAUAUAGUAUAGUUAGUUCCUAAGGAGGUUUAUGAACCAAGUCACUUUUUCUCGUUUGUAAAUUAGCCAGCCCUAAGUUGUUGAUUUUAGAGAUGUCAUAAAAAUUGUUGAGAUUUUGUUGAUAAUGUAGAAAUAACUGGGUGGAAUUGAUACAAGUCAUGUACUUAAAUACCUAAUUAGACAGAUAUAGCAAUUAACUUGGCAGUCUACUGAUUGGAUACUUUGAUUAGAGUUCUGCAUCCCUCUUCCAGGAGAGAGGAGAGAGUGGCUAGUUCUUUAUCCAAACUAGUCUUUUUGUGGAUCUUCUUGAGACCAACACCAAAGUGAAUCUUGUAUGACAUGGUAUGAUAGAGAAGGAGACAGGCUCAUCAUUUUGAGUCAGACUUAAAUGUUGAAAACAAAGGUAGAUGGUCUAGGAGGUGGCACUGAAUCAGGAAGCACAAGUUUGUAUCCCUGUAUGAUUUGGUAAAGUGUGUGGGAAGUUGUGACCAUAUAGUUAUAUCCUUAUAUAUGAUGAUUUCUGCCAGUUAUUCAUUGACUAGAACCUUUAUUAGCUAUUGAU